UGGGCCAUGCGGACGUACCGUAGCCACAGAGCCGUUAUAAGCGUUACAAAUAUCACAAAAUUGUUCGCAAAAGUUUUAAAAAGGAAAUGAUUUUGUGCAACGCGCAGUGCAAAAGCAAAUUCAACAGCUCUAACUUAGCGGUGAUUUGUGAAAAUUCAGUGUGAAUUCAGUGUAACCUGAGUGCGGAAGUGUGGCAAGCAACGCAGCAAGCGAAACACGUUCGAAAGUUUACUUUUAGUAUAUUUUUUUUUUUUUGGAAAUUUUUGAAUCAAUACAGUUUAUGUGAUUUUCUUAUAAAGCACGCGUCAAACAACUUUUAACUUUAACUAAGUGUAAACGCAUUGAACUGGCAAAACGCAUAAGAACGUAUGCUCGAACACCCUUUAGGGGAAUGCCGCAUGCAUGAAGGCAUGGAGAUCACUUUGAGCCACUAAUGCUGCUACUUAAUACAAGCAUCCAUCCGCUCAUAUUGAGCUGACAAUUUCGUGGCAAAGCUAUUCGCAAAUAACUUUUUCGUUCACGUACACAGUUUCCUUCUUGGCAAUCCGUCUCUGCUUGUAUAAGUUGAGCACCCUUGACUGCGUCGCUGCUUGGAUUCAAAUUCUUUUUAGUAUUUUUUACUUUUGGCAUACAUAUCCGUUGUGACACAAGAUGCAUUCGACUGCUAGCAAAGCGUCAGGAUUCAUUGGCCUGAUGAUUGUGCAAAUAAUUUUACUUGCACUCUUCUGGUUGUUCGUGCGCUACAGCGAUGAAGCAUUGCUAAGCGAUGAAGGCAAAGUAUUAGGCGAACAACACGUUUCCAAAUAUCCGCAUUUCCAAGAUGUACAGGUGAUGAUCUACAUUGGCUUCGGCUUUCUAAUGACCUUCUUGCGCAAAUAUGGUUAUAGUGCAACUGGAUAUACAUUAUUUAUGACCGCGCUGGUUAUACAGUGGUGUAUUCUGGUUAAAGGAUUCUUUCACAUGGAAGAUGGGAAAAUAAGGUAAUGAUAAGCAUUUGAAAAAAUAUGCUGGUAUU